AUGGCGUGUGAUUAUAACAAGACCAAUGUUAGAAUGGUGUAUACGUCAAGUGAAGAAUUAGCAUCAGUUGAACUGUACAAGUGUUAUCCUGAUACACUUCUGACCAUUACCUUUGCGUGCCAUGUGGUCUUCAUGCUCAUUGGCAUUCCUGGAAAUCUCACCACCAUCAUAGCGCUCGCUUUUUGCAGAAAGGUCCGGAACGCAACAGCGAUAUUUAUAAUAAAUCUCCACAUAAGUGAUCUGAUAUUUGGUAGCAUGAUCCUGCCGAUGACAGCUGUUACAUUCUGGAAAAAGCAAUGGACCCACGGGUGGAUCAUGUGUCGUGUUUACGCCUACUGCAAGUUAAUACUAAUUGCUGCCUCCAUCUUCACAAUCCUGGCUAUUACUAUUAACAGAUAUAUCAUAGUUUGUCACCCACUCUCGUACCGUAGUCUCAUUAUUUACCUUGCCACGAAGUCUGGCAAAUUGGUGACCCGACGAAGAACAAUCAACAUGACUCAUUCACCCUGCAAAUCAAGCAGCAGCCAACAAGAAGCCUUGGAGAUAUCAGCCGGAACCGCCAUUUUAUCCCGUAUUCCGGAAUUUUGGAGGGACCAACCCAGAUUAUGGUUUAAGCAACUAGAAGCCAUAGUAGCACCACAGAAGCAAGGAGACGAUUACAAGUACUAUACGGUCAUUGCAAAACUGUCAAAAGAAGAAAUAAUACAGGUUAGUGACCUCAUUACUUGCCCACCGCCAAUAGAAAAGUACAAGGCUAUCAAAGAACGCCUAAUCAGUUGCUAUGAGGAAUCAGACCAACGUCAGCUCCAAAAAUUAUUGUCUGAAAUGGAUCUCGGCGACCAGAAACCAUCACAUCUUCUGCGCAAGAUGCGGACCCUGAGUAACGGAAAUAUCAGCGACGAAACCAUCAAACUUCUAUGGUUGAGGCUUCUGCCACCAUCAGUGACUUCGGUUCUAGCAGUCACAGAAGACAUAGAUGUGAACAAGAUGAGCCAGAUCGCGGACAAGAUAUUAAUAAAUUCAACACGUACAGAGUUUGCAUUCUUCGCUCUGUUGGUGUGCGCCAUCUUGGCUUUGACGUCAGUGCAGGGUGCGCCGGCGCCUGACCUCGACACUGCAGAAAGCCGUCACCAUGGUUAUGGCCACAAAUCCCAUGGUGACCACGGAGGAUACGGCCACGGCUAUGGCCACGGUUACGGCCACGGCGGCUACCACCACCACCGGGGAUGA